GAAGGAGAAGAACGUUACUUCGACUGCUGUAAAUAUAGAAUUUCGUAAUUUUUUCGGAGUUUUAUAGGUUCAUAUGCGGAGGGAAAAUACAUGAAAAAGGCAAAGAAAUUUGGAAUUUUUGUCGCAGAUUUUUUGUCUUUCGUAAAGCAAGGACUCCCCUUAAAACGAGACAUUUUCGUCCGUCUUUUCGUACCAAAUAAUAAAAAUUUUCGGUCCUCCGAUCGAUUUCUCUUUCAUUUCGAUUCGAGAUGAAAAUCGCCAAAAUGAGAGAGAUCGAAAAGAUCGAAAAGGCUUCGAGAACGAAGCAGAAUCGUUCGUUGCUCUUGGGCGGAUCACAAUUUCUGCGUCUUUUCAUAAAAACGUCGGAUCAUCCGUCGAAUCCCAUGAAUCGAGGGGUGACUUGAGGGAGUAAAUCUCGCUGAAACUGCAGCGAAAAAGUGUAUUUAAUGUUGAGACGCGGGCGAGGAGAGUUUGCGAGGAAAAAGUAGGGCUCGAGGUUUUCGUGGUCCAUUCGGUGUUGCGGGAAGGCGCGGUGAGAGAAGCGCGAGUGAACGCAAGAGGAAAGAGUUUUUAGGCCUUUCAGAGUGCGAGCGCGCCUGGUCCAAGAAGGAAAAACGAGAGGGAUGCGACCGUAUGCGACGGAAAAAAGUAGGGCCAUCGCCUGGGAAUACCCUUAAAAGCUUUUCCCACUCGACCCGGCAAGGAAAGCUCGCGAAGAGAAAGGGGGAGGGCCGAGUAGGAAGAAAAAGAGUGAAAAAUCGUAGUUGGAGAGAAACGCACUGUUCGUGCAUAUUCGUACGAUGUCGAUCCUUCAAACGGGACGAAACUUUGCUUUUGUCCCGGCACAUUGCUCCACAGCCGAGAGCGUGCCCGGGAUAUAUUGCAGUUUCGUUAUCGUACGAGAGACACACUUUUCACGACCGAGCAAUACCGAAGAGUGCGUUUUUAUAGCCGAUAAAUCGAUCAUCGAUUUUUCCCUCUUCCUCCCGUCUUUCCUCUUUCUCCUCGCUUGUCCUCCGGACUGAGUGACCUACUCCAAAAUGUCCUACAUAUCGUUCGAUCCGCGGUUGAGCAUCAAUUGUGAGCCCCUUUUUCCGAAAGUAUAACGCCAAGAUCGUUCGAAAAAUGGGACCAAUAUUCCUCUCAUGCGAUUCAUCAUUUCUUAAUUGUCCGCAAAGAACAGUACACGUUUCGUGAGGACACUCGAUGCCAUUAUUUCGCAGAGCAGAGGCGUCGAAUUUAGGCUUUUUCCGCAUGUCGAAGAAGGAGGAAGGAAUCGCUUCCGCAAAACUCGGAAAAACAAAAAUCUAGCGUAACGAGGAGGCAGAAAAACUUAAUAAUUUUUGGAAAAUGUAUCGAAGGUCCUGUCGGUGCAGUCCCCGAACGAAGCGUGCUGAGAGGAGAUGAACCGAGUGGGCUCGUGUCGUCCGAUUUCGAGAAAAUCGAGAGUUUCGGAAGCGAGUGAAAGUGGAUCAUAAUCGGAGGAAUAAUCCUGGAGCAGCAAAGCGCAGCAAAUUCGCAAGAGAAAACCGUCAGCUUGUGCCGCCCGCACAGAGGAGAGUCGGCGAAGAGAGGGUAAGAGGAGCCAAGCGACGCUGCGGAUCAUCAAAGCUCAGAGAGAUCGAGCUCCGUAACGAGCCAUUACACGGAAGAGAGGAAGAGAGAAAAAGAGAGACCAAGAGCGAGACAGAGGCGCUUGCAGAAGCUGGAUCGACGUGGCGUUCGGGCUCUCUGAUAAAACGCAACAAGCAGCCAUAAUCCGACGAGGGUGUAACGAGAGAGUAACGAGAUAUCAACACGAUGCGCCGUUCCAUCGCGAUAUACAGUAAUCUGCAUUGAAAUAGAGCUCGAUCUCUGGCCAAUCGUCUCAUAAACUUAGCCACGUAGCUCAUCGUCGUUCUGGCGGUCUCGAAAGAGAGGGAAAGAGAGACGCAAAGUACGGAGGGCUCAUAACAACGAGAGGCGUUAGGGUUACUCGGAGAGCAUCCACAAACCGGCACCGGCACCGUCGACGACACUUCCGGUCGGCCGGAAGCGAGGUCCAUGUGAACGGGCUGGCUUACGGCCCCCACCGGACCACUCAACCCCUCGACCCACCCCCCGCGCCACUUUUACGCAACGAAGCAACAUGGAAGCUGCUUCGGAAUUGUCACCGCUCUCGGGUGCAGACUCGCAGGUUCGAGUUUCCGAGAGAACGUCGUACUACCCACAGGAGCCAUCGAAGAGGCCCCAGACGAAGGGACAGAAGGUGCAAUCGUUCCUGAAACACAAUGCUCUCACGAUACUGACAGUUUCCGGUGUUGCGGGCGGCGUUGUUUUAGGCCUGAUAUUGAGACACGUGAGGGAAGAGCCAUGGACGAAACGCGAAAUAAUGUACGUCAAUUACGUCGGCGAACUCUUUCUAAGGAUGCUGAAGAGCUUGAUACUGCCUCUCAUCGUCGCCAGCCUCAUUUCAGCUAUUGGAUCCCUCGAUCUUUCGUUAAGUAGUAAAAUCGGAGCACGAGCCAUCACUUACUACAUGGUUACAACCGUCAGUGCUGUAAUACUCGGUAUCAUUCUGGUAGUCGUCAUACACCCUGGCAGAGGUGACAGCACUGGUAUGAAAGAGCAGGGAAACGCGAGAAAUGUAUCGACGACCGACACUCUCAUGGAUCUCGUGAGAAAUAUGUUUCCUCCGAAUUUGGUGCAGGCCUGUAUUUCCCAGUACCGCACCGUACUUACCAAACAGAAAAACAACACUUCAGACGACAUCUUGACGUGGGAGAUCAGCGGCGAGGAUACCUCGGGAUUGAACAUUCUCGGUUUAGUUGUAUUCGCGACUGUACUCGGUAUAACCCUCGGAAAAAUGGGACCAAGCGGAAAGCCCUUGUUGAGCUUUUUCGAGGCACUGUCUUCCGCUAUGAUGAUCAUUACCAACUGGGUCAUUUGGUUGUCACCAGUGGGUGUUCUUUUUCUGGUAGCUUCAAAAAUAAUGGAAAUGGAGUCAUUCGACGUGAUACUGGGUCAACUGGGCAUGUACUUCAUGACCGUAUUGAUCGGAUUGUUUAUUCACGGUUUCAUCGUGUUGCCGACGAUAUUUUUCUUGUUUACGAAGAAGAAUCCAAUCGUUUACAUAUCGAAUAUGGCGCAAGCGAUCGCAACGGCGUUCGGCACGUCCUCGAGUUCCGCGACACUUCCGGUCGCGAUUGGUUGUCUCGAAGAGCGCAACGGGAUCGACUCGAGGGUUUCGCGAUUCGUGAUGCCCAUCGGCGCCACCAUAAACAUGGACGGGACAGCUCUGUACGAAGCUGUCGCCGCAAUUUUCAUCGCUCAAGUGCGCAAUUUUCCUCUCAGCUUCGGUCAACUCGCCGCGGUCAGCAUCACUGCGACAGCAGCGAGCAUCGGAGCUGCCGGAAUUCCGCAAGCUGGACUCGUCACGAUGGUCAUGGUUCUUGACACCGUCGGACUCCCAGCCAAGGACGUCACUCUCAUCGUCGCCGUUGAUUGGCUACUUGAUCGUUUCAGAACGUCGGUUAACGUGGUCGGGGACUCUCUCGGUGCUGGUAUCGUGAAUCAUUUGAGCAGACACGAAUUGGCAUCGCUGCCGCACAAUGCACAGUCGCAGAACGGUGCUGAUCAUCACACGACUUCGAUAUGAGUCAAAUGAAAUGCGACGAAAAAAACGACAAUAAAUAACACUGUCCGAGCAUAGAAAAUUUCGGCUCAUCGCGCCCGAAUAACGGUGCGUAUUAACGCAUGUAGAAUUAUUCAUUCGAUCUUUGAUUAAACGACGAAAACAAAAAAAAAUGCGAAUAAUAGAGAGAAAAAAGCUAAUAUUGAAUUGUGCGAAAUACGAAUAUAAGAGAGCGAGUGUAAUUCUCGAGAUUUUCGAAUCAAACACCGAAAAUCCUUAAAUUCACUAAUUAUCGAUAUUUCUUUCGAGAACCAACUGUACAAGCCGAAUUUUCGGUUCGAAUCACCGAUUAAGUGUUCUAGAUGCCUCCGUGUUUCAUAUCCUCUUGCUUUAAAAUCUCGUCGCUUCGUUACAAUAACUCAUUAUCUACUGAAAAUCAGUAGUUUUAUUAUAUAAUAUUUAUUAUUAAUUACGUAAACUGAAAAAGAGGUUUUCUCGACCUGGCGCCACGGAAUUUCACCUCAAACUUCUCCUCACUUGAUCCACCGUUGUCAUUUUGAUCGCCUGAAAACUUUGUCAAUAUAUUUAAUUUUUCCAUUAUCAAGAACGAGAAGGAAUAUUUUCGAAUAUAAAAUUGGAAAUUGUUUUUCGAAAAAACGGGCAUUUUUCUGUCACGUUAGAAAAGAAAAUCCUCGAAACUCGAAAAAAAAAAAAAAAAAAAUCCUUAGCUGCAGUUGCAACGGGGGAUAAAAAGUGUUGAGCCGAAUGAAAAAAAUGUGUGAAAUUGAGUGAAUUUUGGCGAAAAAAAACCUCGCGUUUUUGGGGGUCCGAGACCGUCAGUAAUUCGAGCUCGUGCCAAAAAAUGGGAUUCCUGUUUGCAUCACCGUGAUGAAAAAUCCCAGUGAAAAUUCCCUUGUUAUCGGUCGAGAGGGCUCUCUUCGUCGUCGGAGGAAUGAAAUUUGAUGAAUUAAAUCAUAUUGUUAAAUCGGCUGGUCCAGAAAGCGAGCGAAAAACCUGAAAGAAGAAAAACGAGUUUUAAGUUUCGUGACGCGAAUGAGCGAGUUCUCUUCGAGGUGAAAGAGUGUUUUGGGUCCACGCACGGACCAAUGAAACGAUAAUAAAUAUCAGAAAAUCUAGUAAAUUUUGAGAUGAAAAAACGAUCAUAAUCAUUCGAAUUUUCGUAGGCCAGAAAUACGACACGAAAUAUGAAAAAAGAAAUAUUUGUGAAACGAAACGUUGUGCGCAAGCAUAAUAUGCAACAACGAUAAAAAACGAGAAACUGAUGCUAUCAAAGCAUUCCAAUGGACAUUCUCAAGCAUACUCGACACUUAAACGUUCGAUAUUUUUGUCGUUAUUUCAUUUAAAAUUCCCUUCAGUUCGAUCAAACUUGUACGAAGAGUGGAAUAUAAAUUUAUUUUAAAAAUUGAAUAAUUUACGUGUUACGUGAUUUUCGGUGCCAUAGAAUAGAGCAGAUAGACUAAAAUAAUACGAAAUUUCCGAAGAAAAUUGGACUCUAGUGAAUUCGAUUGCAUAUAUUUAUUUCUAGAGUCGUUACCGUUGCGCAUAAAAUAACGUGAAAAUAUAAUGAAGUAUAGUCCAAAAGUGAAAGGUAUCGAAGAAGAUACGUUGGCGAUAUAUUGAGACAAAAAAGCAACAAUAAUAUAUCGAUAAUAAUUUACGAAUAAUUGAUAAAUAAUGAAUUAGCACCGAUCUACGAGAGACUUUCAUCGUUGAAUGAUUUCAUAUAAUUUGUCGUUCGGUUAUUUAGGAAGACGAGAAUCUAUAGAGAAAAAAAAUAAUCGCUGUAAUUAUUUGGAGUUACGAAAUUCUAGGGGCUAGAAAAAACGUUGAUUCAAUCCGCAGAGCUAAAUUCCAAUUUCUUCGGCCCCGCCAUUGAACGGUCGAUUAGCCGAGAUAGUUAAGGACUAAAUGUAAAUUAAUGAAUGUAUUAUGUCAGGCACAACGAUACACGUGAGAAAGAUAAACGCCGAAGAAGCUUCAGCCAAAAACAUCUUGUGUACGAUCGCUGUAUGCGUCUUGCCGUAAGAAAAUAAAGAUUGUUUGAAACACGA